GCGUUUGUCCCCUACUGCACGCCGUAGUUUCCAAUGUUUUGACAUUCGCCCUAGCCUGUCACCCGAUGUAGAAAGAAGUACUAUACAUUUUGUCUAUAUUGACCUGAAGAUAGGUAGCUGGGAAAACAUCAAAUAAUGUCAUCCAACAGUGGUAUCCAAAUCCCAAGUCGACUGCCUCUGCUGUUGACCCAUGAAGGGGUGCUUUUACCGGGCUCGACAAUGCGGAUCAGUGUUGAAACGGCAAGGAACAUGCAUCUGGUGAAGAACAGACUGCUGAAGGGGACCUCGCUGAAGAGCACCAUCAUCGGCGUGAUCCCCAACACCCGAGAUCCUGAACACGAUACUGAAGAUCUCCCCACUUUACAUAGUAUUGGCACGGCGGGGCUGGCGGUGCAGGUAGUGGGUAGUAACUGGCCCAAGCCCCACUACACACUGCUCAUCACAGGGCUGUGUCGCUUCCGCGUGGCCCAACUGCUGAAGGAUGGGCCCUUCCCCGUGGCUGAGGUGGAGCAACUGGAUAAGCUGGAGCAGUACACCAGCCCAGAGGAGAUGUCUGAGGCAGCCGGGCCAGAGGGAGAGCUGAGGGAGCUGUCCCAGAGGUUCUACCAGGCCGCUGUGCAGUUGGUAGGCAUGUUGGACAUGUCUGUUCCUGUGGUGGCCAAGUUGAGAAGGCUCUUGGACAGCCUCCCCAGGGAGACCCUGCCUGAUGUCCUUGCUUCUAUGAUUCAUACCUCCAACAAAGAGAAGCUCCAGGUUCUGGAUGCAGUGAGUCUGGAGGAACGUUUUAAGAAGACUCUUCCUCUGCUGACCAGACAGAUUGAGGGUCUCAAACUGCUGCAGAAGACCAGAAAACCAAGACUAGACGAUGACAAAAGGGUGCUGGCUGUACGUAAAGGCGGUGUGCUUCCUGGUCGUCAGUUCUCCUUGGAUGAAGAGGGUGAUGAUGAGGAUGGUGAUGACACAGCUGUCCUGGACAGGAAGGUUAAAGGAGCGAAUAUGCCAGAGCCUGCCUUGCGUGUCUGUCUCAAAGAGCUCAAAAGAUUGAAGAAGAUGCCCCAGUCCAUGCCAGAGUAUGCUCUCACUCGAAACUACCUGGAUCUUAUGGUGGAAUUGCCCUGGAGCAAAAGUACCACAGACUGUCUUGAUAUCCAUGCAGCACGGGUGCUGUUGGACAGUGACCACUAUGCCAUGGAGAAGCUUAAGAGGAGAGUGCUGGAGUACCUGGCUGUGAGGCAGCUGAAGAGCACCCUCAAGGGGCCCAUCCUGUGCUUUGUGGGGCCGCCUGGGGUGGGCAAAACCAGUGUGGGGCGCUCCAUCGCCCGUACCCUGGGCAGGGAGUUCCACCGCAUCGCCCUGGGAGGGGUGUGUGACCAGUCUGACAUCCGCGGGCACAGGAGGACCUACGUGGGCAGCAUGCCUGGCCGCAUCAUCAACGGGCUGAAGACGGUGGGAGUCAACAACCCUGUCUUCCUGCUGGACGAGGUGGACAAGCUAGGCAAGAGUCUGCAGGGAGACCCUGCCUCUGCCCUGUUGGAGGUCCUGGACCCAGAGCAGAACCACAGCUUCACAGACCACUACCUCAACGUGGCCUUCGACCUCUCCCAGGUCCUGUUCAUCGCUACAGCCAACUCCACGGCCACCAUCCCUCCGGCCUUGUUAGACAGGAUGGAGGUCCUCCAGGUGCAAGGGUACACUCAGGAGGAGAAGGUGGAGAUAGCUCAUCGUCACCUGAUUCCCCAUCAGCUAGAACAGCAUGGACUCACCCCCCAACAGCUCCAGAUACCUCAGGACACCACCCAGGACAUUAUUAGCAAGUACACUCGUGAGGCCGGUGUCCGCUCCCUGGAGAGGAAGAUCGGUGCGAUCUGUCGAGCAGUGGCAGUGAAGGUCGCAGAGGGUCACAUUGUUACCAAAUCAGAGGCCGCGCCUGCUGAGAACGCCCCCCAGGGAGCUGAGCACGGAGAGGGGAAGCGAGGGAGGAGGGGAGAGGAGCCUAAUGGGGUGUUGGCAGACAUGGCAGAGCCCCCAGAUAUGCCCAUCGUCAUCGACCACAUCGCGUUGAAAGACAUCCUCGGGCCGCACAUCUUUGAGAUGGAGGUGUCGGAGCGUCUGACACUGCCGGGCGUGGCCGUCGGCCUGGCCUGGACCCCCCUGGGAGGGGAGAUCAUGUUUGUGGAGGCCAGCCGCAUGGAGGGUGAGGGCCAGCUGACCCUGACUGGACAACUGGGUGACGUUAUGAAGGAAUCUGCCCACCUGGCCAUGAGCUGGCUGCGCAGCAAUGCCAAGACCUACCAGCUGACCAACAUGGUCGGUGGUUCAGAUCCUCUUGAGGGGACAGACAUCCAUCUGCACUUCCCGGCGGGAGCAGUCACAAAGGACGGCCCAUCGGCUGGAGUCACCAUGGUAACGGUCUUGGCCUCGCUGUUCAGUGGGCGCCUGGUACGGUCCGAUGUGGCCAUGACUGGAGAGAUCACUCUGAGAGGCCUGGUGCUGCCGGUGGGAGGGAUCAAGGACAAGGUCCUGGCAGCUCACAGGGCCGGGGUGAAGCGUGUCAUCAUCCCAAAGCGCAAUGAGAAGGACCUGGAGGAGAUCCCAGCUAACGUCCGGAAGGAGCUGGACUUUGUAACAGCCAGCAACCUGGACGAGGUCCUGAACGCAGCCUUCGAUGGGGGGUUCCCCGGAAUGUCCAACCCUCUCACUCUACCACACAUUGUCAGCAAACUGUGAGAUGGGUCCCUGUAAUAUUACCACUCACAGAGACGGCCUAUGUCACACUCUGACUAACAUACAAGAACAGUAACUCCCAUUCAUAUUCCUGGUGAAUAUGGAAAGCUCAUAGCACAUUGUCGCUUCCAUACAUUAAUUUGUAUGAGGCAGAAACACACUGACCACAUUAUCUUUGUGGUGGAUGCGUAAACAGGCAGUUAUCAAAGAGGGUGUGGGUGUUACAGUUCUGUUGGUAAGGAGGCUUCUGUGAUGCAAACGUUCUUUAUCUACUUCAACACUUUCCUUAAGUUCAUGAGUUGAAACUUUCUCACACAAAGAGGACAGGUUGAAAUUUAGUGCCCUCCCUUGUAACACCUGUUGCCUUUCCUUCAUGGUGUUGCGGAUUUGGAUCUGACAUUCAGCAUUUAUGACCUGACUGGUCUGAUCCUGGUGGAGUUCAGACCGAGUUAGGACCAUCAAUCACUUAGUUCUACUGUCUCUGCUGCACACUGGGUUGUUCUGGGAACUGGCUGAAGAAUCCACAGGGUGGGGCUUAUGUGGAUUGUAACAGUACUAGUCAGUGAUAGUUGUUCCAGUUGCUCUGCUGUAAAAGCUCUGGCUACGAACAUUUGAAAAAUAGCAAGACCGGUGACCUUAACCAUGCUGUUCAUGUACCUCAGAUUUAACAUGACUGAAUGAAUGAGGUUUACAGAGGCUUCAUAAUUGGCAUCAGCAUCAGAGGUCCGCUCAAUAUCCAGAUAAUUCUGCUGGUAUGGCUUUACAAGUGAUUUUAUGUGUAGAUACAGGAUGAGCGUGAUUGCACAGUAGCUAUACUGUUAAGAUGCAGUACUAUGUCAUACCCCUAAGGGAUACAGUCUCACUAAAUAGCUCUGUAACAGUUGCAUAAUGAAAAUAAAGAAUUUCAAUACAA